UAAAUCCAAAGCAUAUCCAACGUUUUGUUAAUUCCCUUUGCCACCGUUUUCAUUUCCGACCACCAUUUUUUCCGGUCACCGGCAAGCAUCAAGCAUCAGCUCCAUUGUUGAAAACUUCUCUCUUUCUCACUCUAAAAACGGCUCAAAAUGCCACGUCAUAGGCCACCGGCAUUUUCAGUUCUAGUUCUCGCUGCAUUCUCACUCUGCUGUUCCCCUGCUUUAGUUUCCUUCUCCCAUGGCGAUUCUCAAAUUCCACCUAUCUCAGAAUGGAGAACUGAAGACUAUUACUCCGGUGUGGAACUUGUUGGGGUAAGUCCGAGUGGGUCUGUUGUGGAAGGCCCUACAAUGGAGCCUGUUGAGUACUCGUUAUUUGUGUUGGCAGCUGAAAGAACUCGAAGAAAAGAUCCUCUUAAUGGCUUUCAAGCUUACACUAGUGGGUGGAAUAUCAGCGACCGCCAUUAUUGGGCUUCUGUUGGCUUCACGGCAGUUCCUUUGUUUGCUGUUGCUGCAGCCUGGCUUUUGGGUUUUGGGCUUUGCUUAUUGGUCGUCUCUCUUUGUUACUUCUGUUGCGGAAGGCAGUCAUAUGGCUAUUCUCGAAUGGCUUAUGCUCUUUCACUUCUUUUCCUCAUUCUGUUCUCCAUUGCAUCAAUCAUAGGAUGUGUUAUUUUAUACACUGGUCAAGGAAAGUUUCACAAUAGUACAUCAGAAACAUUGGAAUAUGUUGUAAGUCAAGCAGAUUUGACUGCUCAAAAGCUUCGUGAUGUUUCGGAUUAUUUUGCUGCAGCCAAACAGACUGGAGUGGAUCAAGUUUUUCUGCCAUCUGAUGUUCAAACUGACAUUGAUCAAAUUGAGAUAAAGAUAAACUCUUCUGCUAGUAUUCUUGACGACAAAACUGUGCACAACUCAAAUGACAUAAAAGAUCUCCUUGAUUCUAUUCGUCUGGCUCUUAUAAUCGUUGCAGCUAUUAUGCUUCUGCUGACAUUUCUUGGAUUCUUAUUCUCCAUAUUUGGUAUGCAACUUCUCGUCUACAUCCUGGUGAUAACUGGCUGGUUACUUGUAACUGGGACAUUCAUCUUAUCCGGCACAUUCCUUGUUCUCCACAACGUGGCUGCGGAUACUUGUGUUGCAAUGGACCAGUGGGUUCGCAAUCCUACUGCGCAUACGGCCUUAGAUGACAUUCUUCCCUGUGUGGAUAAAGUGACUGCCCAAGAAACCCUGUUAAAAAGCAAGGAAGUGAGUGCACAACUUGUCGAUCUGGUCAAUGAGGUGAUCACCAAUGUUUCCAACAUAAAUUUUUCACCGAACUUCAAACCUAUGUACUUCAACCAAUCUGGUCCGGUUAUGCCAACUCUUUGUAACCCAUUUCACCCAGAUUUGACACCAAGAACUUGUUCUUCUGGUGAAGUAGACUUGCAAAAUGCUACACAAGUAUGGGGCAACUAUGUCUGCCAAGUUUCGCCUACUGGUGAUAUAUGCAUCACAACAGGGCGGUUGACUCCAAGCUUGUACAGCCAGAUGGCGAGUGGAGUUAAUUUAAGUUAUGCACUUUUAAAUUAUAGCCCUACUUUGGUCGAGCUUCAAGAUUGCACGUUUGUUCGACAGACAUUUGAUGACAUUCAUAGAAAAUUUUGUCCUGGUCUACAACAAUACAGCAGAUGGGUCUAUGUUGGAUUAGCAACCGUCUCCAUUGCUGUUAUGCUGUCUUUGAUAUUAUGGAUUAUUUAUGGUCGAGAACGGCACUAUCGUGCUUCUGGAAAAGGGUUCACUUCUAAACCAACUGACGAGGAGUUGGAGGGGACCAAAGAAUCUUGAAAACUACGGACCGGUAUAAGCAGUUGUAGAUGGUUGGUGUUUCGGAAACUAAGUCUACGAAAAGUUGUUUAUCAUAUAGUUUGGUAUGCAUCGCAGGGGAACUAAAGGAGAGAAAAGAAGACUAUUAGAUUGUGUUAAUUCAAAUAAGGAUCAUUUAUUAGAGGGACAGAUGCGAGCGGUUGUAGUUGGUUGGCGUUUCGGAAAGGAAGUCUACGAAGAGUUGGUUAUCAUAAUAUGUGAUAGCUUGAUUAUGGAAAGUAAUGGUAGUGUAGCUCUACUUGUAGAUUGAUUUUACUGAAGUAAAAAGGCAUAUAUGGUUACAAAUUUUCUUUGAUGAUGAGGAAAAUGGAGAGCUAUUAGUAAGCUUAAAGUAAACAUAUUUGUUAGAAGAUGGUGAGAAAGGUUGUAGGGGUUGGAAGUAUUUGUAAGAAAGGAUAUUUCUUGUUUCUGCUCUGCCCACCUUACUUUUCUUGGGAAUAAAAUUUCUUUUGUUUCCUUUGGCAGAAAAAA